GCCAAUUUCAACCAUCCCAUUGGCCAUGGACGUGGCGGACCCCGACGCCUUUUUCGAGGAGGACAACUUGGUGAAACAUGCCUUGUACGGCUCCUCGCAGGUGGACCCGCUGAACGAGCUGCGUCAAUUGGAGGUACAGCGACCUCCACGUUUGAGCAGCUCCUCGCCGGGGGUGGCGUGGGAUGAUAUCACAGAGGACCCAAAAGAUUUCACAGAAUGUAUUGCGGCAUGGCAAGAGACGGGAGGGCGCACCUUCCCGGACUUUGGGCGCAUUGCCUCCCGGAGUCCCGGCCAUCGAUUGAGCGACGGCUCCGAGGUUGGCAGUGACCUAUUUGGCCCGGCGUUGGUGCUGAAUGUCGGAGGAAGUCUCUUCAGGACAACGCCCAGCACUUUGCGAAAGGCGCCCUUCUUCGACUCGAUGUUUCGACAUACUGGCGAAGGUGGUGGCCUUGGAGCCACUUUGGACAGUGAAGGCCACUACUUUGUGGAUCGCUCCGGAUUUCUCUUCAGAUACAUGCUGGAAUACUUGCGCACAGGCUUCUGGCUGCUCGGCGAGAAGGCGUGCGAUCUGGAGUUUGUGGAUGCCAUUCGGUCUGAGGCCAAUUUCUAUGGCUUGGAGGGUGAAACUGGGCAGCUUCCAGUGCCUCGUAUCAUGGAAUAUGUUUGCGUAUGGCAACAUAAAGACGACACGCAAACCAUCUACGUGGAUUGUAUGGAGCAGACCAUUCGCGAGGACCGAGACCAUCAGGGCCUUUUCCGCCUCUGCAAAUAUUUUGGUGGUCUACCGUUGGACCAACAGACCAGCACCAAGCGGUUCAAGGCGACAUCCCACUGUAUCCAGUCUGUGCUGUCCUACUUUGGAAUGCGCGGCUUUUCACUGCAACACAUCAUGGAGGCACCCAUGAUCACACACGUCACCUCUGCAGAUGGUCAGAGUCGCAGUGGGCCAGGGACACAGUUUAUGCUCUCAAGGAGCGUACUCUUCCCUUGUCUACCCCAACGCUGCGAUCCCAUUUGCUGAGAGUUGGUCACUCAACUGGGGUACAGUGGGGUAGGGCCUAUAGGCUUGGGAAGGGCGGUACAUCUGGCCACAGCAACUUGUGAGUCGCAACAUCCAGCAACUCGCAGGCUGUGGCCAAAGAGCCACGACAGCGGCCGUGAUUGGGAAUGGAAGAAAAGAACACCAAAA